AUGGGAGAAGAAGUUGAAAUUAAAAAAGAUGGCGGAAAGGAAGAUCCUGAGAGCAAAGCAAAAGCCAUUCGAUAUCCACGCGCUGUUCCGUUCAUUUUGGGCAAUGAGUUCUGUGAACGUUUCAACUUCUACGGAAUGCGAACAAUUCUCGCUUUGUAUCUCGUACAAAAGUUGAAUUACUCGGAAGAUAGUGCGACAGUGAUUUUUCAUCUUUUUACGACAGUUUAUUACUUUUUGUGCAUCUUUGGAGCGAUCGUUUCCGACAGUUAUUGGGGAAAGUUUCGAACGAUCAUCACACUUUCUCUCGUCUACAUUGCGGGAAAUUUGACAGUUACAGCAGGAGCGGUUCCUCCAUGGAAUUUACCCGGAAGAACUUUUACCUUUUUGGGUUUGGCAUUGAUUUCUCUCGGCGGCGGCGGAAUAAAACCCUGCGUUGCGCCCUUCGGAGGCGAUCAAUUCAAACUGCCGGAACAAGCGAAGCAACUUGCAUGGUUUUUCUCCAUUUACUAUUUCGCGAUAAAUUUUGGAUCUUUUGUUUCGACGAUCGUUACUCCGAUUUUGCGAGAUGAUGUGCAAUGUUUCGGCGAUCAGGAUUGUUUCGCACUUGGAUUUCUCGUGCCAGCGUUACUGAUGACAGUUUCAUUUUUGGUAUUUUGGAGCGGAAAGUCACUUUAUGUGAUGAAACCGUUGGAAGGAAAUAUGAUGGCGAAAGUUUCGGGCGCUGUUUGGAAUGCAAUUAAAGCAAAAUGGAACUCGAAGGAGAAGAAAGAUCAUUGGUUGGAUCAUUCAGAAGCGAAAUACGGCAAACGAUUGAUCGACGAAACGAAAAUUUUGUUAAAUGUUUUGGUUUUGUUCGUUCCUUUGCCGUUUUUUUGGGCUCUUUUUGAUCAACAAGGAUCUCGUUGGACUUUCCAAGCCACACGAAUGGAAGGAGAUAUCGGAUUUUAUUACGUCAAACCGGAUCAAGCGCAACUUUUGAAUCCUUUGAUGAUUUUAAUCUUCAUUCCGUUGUACGAAGUUGCGUUUUAUCCGCUUCUCAACUUGUUGGGUGUCAAAAGACCUUUGCAGAAAUUGACUUUGGGAAUGGUUUUCGCAGCUGUAGCUUUCAUGAUCUCAUUUGGACUUGAAUGGGAGCUUAUGAAAACUUAUCCUGUCUUGCCAAAGUCAAAUGAAGGUCAUGUGAGACUUUAUAAUACGAUGCCAUGCAAUUACAAAGUCGAAGGUUAUGGAAAUGAAACUUUCGAUCUCAACAAAUUGAACUUAAGUCCAAACAUGAUAGCUGAAUCCAAUGAAAAAUUGACUUUAAAGUUCUCGACAACCACAAGCGGAUGCAAUUCCUUCUCCCAACAAAUCGUUUUCAACGAUCUCGAAGCACGCGGAUACUUUUUGACAGGAUCUCCAUCGAAUCCAUCGGUUGUAAAUUUCUUGGAUAAUCCCGACAAAACUAAAAAUGGCAAUCCUCGUCUUCGUCUCUUGUCAAAUGUUGCAAAAAAUCACGAAGUUGUCAUCGAGGGUGAACGUCGUGUCGAAUGGAAAGCCCAAAAUACCUCAAAUUUCGACGUUCCUAAAGGAGGAUAUGCAAUAAAAGUUAACGGAAAAGAAAUUGACUUCAUGGAUUUCAAAAUCGGAGGAGUUUAUGCCAUUUUACUUCUCGAAACGAACGGAAACGAAUUCGAAACGGAACUCGUAACAGUCUCAGAACCAAAUUCAAUUAGCAUCUUAUGGAUCAUCCCGCAAUAUUUUGUAAUGACAUUGGGCGAAGUCAUGUUUUCCGUUACGGGAAUUUCCUUUUCUUUCGACGAAGCACCGCAAAGUAUGAAAUCCGUACUGAACGGAUGUUGGCAAUUAACAAGCGCCUUUGGGAAUAUCAUUAUUGUGAUUAUCGCUGAAUUGCCGCUUUUUGGCGAACAGGUUUGGGAGUUUUUACUUUUUGCUGUGAUUAUGUUCAUCGACUCGGCCUUAUUUGCUUGGUUAGCUUAUCGUUACAAAUCGAUUCCUCAUGGAGAAGAAGAAACCGAAGAGCUCCAUGAAAAGAAGGAAAUUCAUGAAAACGCCGGUUUUGUUGAUAGUGACGACGCAGAUUCGCAAGAAACGACCAAAUUGUAG